UGGCUUCCUUUUGAAGCCGGGGGCCAACAUGGCGGACUACGACCUGACCACAAGAAUAGCUCAUUUUCUGGACCGGCACCUGGUUUUUCCUCUGCUGGAGUUUCUGUCCGUUAAAGAGAUCUACAAUGAGAAGGAGCUCCUGCAGGGGAAGCUGGACCUCCUCAGCGACACCAACAUGGUGGACUUCGCCAUGGACGUCUACAAGAACCUGUACCCGGAUAAAGAGAUCCCACACUCUCUGAGGGAGAAGAGGAGCACCGUGGUGGCUCAGCUCAAGCAGCUCCAGUCAGAAACUGAACCCAUCGUGAAAAUGUUCGAGGACCCAGAGACCACCCGGCAGAUGCAGUCCACCAGAGACGGGAGGAUGCUGUUUGACUACCUGUCAGAUAAACACAAUUUCCGUCAGGAGUACCUGGACACGCUCUACAGGUACGCUAAGUUCCAGUAUGAGUGUGGGAACUACUCCGGGGCCGCAGAGUACCUCUACUUCUUCCGUGUCCUGGUUCCCUCCACGGACCGGAACGCCCUGAGCUCUCUGUGGGGGAAACUGGCCUCAGAGAUCCUGAUGCAGAACUGGGAGGCAGCCAUGGAGGACCUGACCCGUCUGAGGGAGACCAUCGAUAACAACUCGGUCAGCUCUCCCCUCCAGUCUCUCCAGCAGAGGACCUGGCUCAUCCACUGGUCCCUCUUCGUGUUCUUCAACCACCCUAAAGGCCGGGACAACAUCAUCGACCUGUUCCUGUACCAGCCUCAGUACCUGAACGCCAUCCAGACCAUGUGUCCUCACAUCCUGCGCUACCUCACCACCGCCGUCAUCACCAACAAGGACGUCAGGAAGCGCCGGCAGGUUCUGAAGGACCUGGUUAAAGUCAUCCAGCAGGAGUCCUACACCUACAAAGACCCCAUCACAGAGUUCGUGGAGUGUCUCUACGUCCACUUCGACUUCGACAGCGCCCAGAAGAAACUCAGGGAGUGUGAGUCGCAUGCUGGCAGAUAAACUGAACAUGACGCCGGAGGAGGCGGAGCGUUGGAUCGUCAACCUGAUCCGGAACGCCAGACUGGACGCCAAGAUCGACUCCAAACUGGGUCACGUUGUGAUGGGAAACAACGCCGUGUCACCGUACCAGCAGGUGAUCGAGAAAACCAAGAGUUUAUCUUUCCGCAGCCAGAUGUUGGCCAUGAACAUCGAGAAGAAGGUGGCUCACAGCAGCAGGAACGAGACUCCAAACUGGGCCGCUCAGGACUCCGGCUUCUACUGAGCAGARGACCUGUCUGCACUUUGUUCUAAUCAUGACUCAGCAGUUUAACAAGUCUUCUUUUCAAAAUAAAAUAAAGUGUCAGCAGAGCA